UCCUUUCGGGGACGAAAGGCUGCCAAAAUCAUCAGCACAAAAGUUCACUAAGAAGAACCCAAGUCCUACAACUAAUCACCUCAAAGGUACAGCGGGGACUGUCCCCUCUUCUUGCACACAAAGGAUCUUCACUCCUUUCUUCCAGGGCAGUUUCCUUCCUCCCGUGUCUGCUGUCUGCCUCUAGGAGGGCAUCCCUGCAAAGGGACUCCGAUUUUGCAAGUGGAGGCCCCCACCAGCAGGAUGGGGAACGUCAGCAAGCCGCAGCCUCCAGCCCCACAGCGAUCAGCACCACGGAGCGAUUCAAAGUUUGCUCUUCACUGGCAGCAGUGGGCUGCAUAGCCACGAUCUCCACACUAGAGGGUAGUAUAUACGUGGGAAUGAGAAGCAGCAUAACUACACGUCAGGGAAGGCCUUACGCCAUCCACGGCAGCAGCGAUCAGAUGAAUAGUGAAGUUGGACGGGGUCCCUCCAGGAAGCUCUCCUGUCCCUGCGUUGAUGCUGAAGAACUUGGCCUUGAUUGCCAUUACUGUAGGGAGAAAGACAGCUCCGUGUUGGGGCUCUCAUGUGCAUCCUAGGCUGCCGCCGGAAGGCUCACGAAACCAACUGGUGCACGGAGCAGCAGUGGGAAUUCUCCACCAUGACCCUAACCCGGGUCUGCUGGCAGAGUUGUGAGGUACCGCCGUUGCAAGUUGUCAUCCUUACGUCCAGCUCCAUGGUUGCUCACAGUCGAGGGCGCUCACGGUUCGCAGGACCCCGCUAUGGGGAUAUACCGCGAUCGGGGGGAUGGGGCGGGAAUCCGGCUGGACUGGUUUCUCCCGCAAGCGGUAGGUGCCUUUGCCAUUGGGCCCGAGGUCCGGGCCGGCAGCCUGGACGGCGCCGUGGUAAGCGCCCGGUGUGUUGCCGUCCAGGACUGUGCUGAUGGAUGGCGCUGAUGGUGGGCGCGUUGUCGUUGACGUCGAGGAGGCGCACCACCACUUUGCAGCUGGCCGCCAGCGGGGUGGCGCCGCGGUCGCUGGCCUGCACGUCGAGCUCGUAGGCGCGCUGGAGCUCGUAGUCGACGGCGCCCUGGAGGGUGAGGCGGCCCGAGAGCGGGUCGAGGCCGAAGAGCUGGCGGGCCUCGGCGGGCACCUGGCUGCCCCAGGCGUAGAGCAGCUGCCCGUUGGCGCCCUCGUCCGGGUCCGAGGCGUCCAGGUCGAGGAGCAGCGAGCCCGGGGGCGCGUCCUCGGGCAGCUCGAGGGUCAGGAGCGCGCCGUGCGGAAAGGCGGGCGCGUUGUCGUUGGCGUCCAGCACCCGCACGCUGACCGUGGCCGUGCCCGAGCGCGCCGGGCUGCCGCCGUCCUUGGCCACCAGCUCCAGGCGGUAGGAGGCCUGCGCCUCGCGGUCCAGCUCGCUCAGCAGCACCAGCUCGGCGCACUUGAGCCCGUCGGCGCGGCUCUGCGCCUCCAGGCCGAAGUGGCUGUUGGGCGAGACGGCGAAGCUCUGGAUGCCGUUGGAGCCCACGUCCAGGCAAGCGGGUGCCUUUGCCCGACCGCUGCCCUCGGCGAAAGCUGCUGGGGACUCCGUCGGUGUUCGAAGCGAGGUGUUGGAGUUCUUCCGCAAACACGCCGAUGCCAGGGCCAGGAGGCUCCUCUUCGUCCAUACUGUGGCAGAAGGUCCCGCACAGUGUCCGCGACAAGGAAAGCUGCCUUCUCUCUUUGACCUUCAUUCAAGCAGCAAGCAUGAAGGGUUUCCAUGUGCUGAAGACUCCAUUUUCCUCUUUUUUUUCUUCUGACUGUAACUACACAUGGUAACUGUUUCUGAUCAAACCAAAGUAUAAUCAUUUAUGCUGCUGUUAGUGUAAAUUUCUACCUCAGCUGAAGCUAGAAGAAAUUGCUAGAAAUAGUGAAAAAAUUGUAUUAGCCAUAGUGAAUCAAUAUAAAACGUAUUAUAUCUUGCUUAAUUUGCUGUUUAAUAAAAAUGCAAGACUACUAGAUCUUGAAUUUUUAUCUCCAGGAGGAGGGGCAUAUGAGGAAAUUGGAUGGGUUAGGUUGUACCUCUCCAGUCUGUUACAGGUGGCACUUUAUCUGUAUGAGAAAGAAGAUUUAUUUUACUCUGCUUCAAGGAUAAACUGGGCAGAGCCUAAACACCACAUUCCUUUCUUAAUGGCUCAUUAAGAGAAGAAACUCUCUUGAGAAUUGAAGGAAGGGGUUGAAAGAAGUUAAAUUUUGAGGGUGACAUUGCUGAACAAAGGACUGGAACUGACAGGAUAACACUGGGAGAACAUGGAUUUAAGAUCUAGCAAAAAGUUAGAGGCUAAUUUUUGUCCAGCUAGCUAUCCUUUCAUCUGUCUGACUGCAGAUGAUGGAUUAGGCAUAGAGACUCAGUAGCAGAGACUCAGUCACGAUUACUUAGCUGGAAAAUAGUUUUAGGCAGAAGUAGUUAGCUUUUAUAAUUUUAUGGGGAAAGCUUUCUUAGAGCUAAC